UUACGUAGGCAAGGCAGGACAGAAACUCGCCGGACGCGAAGCCAAAAAGCGCCUCAGGAAGACAGAAGCGAAGCGCCGCCGUCCCAUCGCCCGCCUGCUCGCCAACGCUGCGCCCGUCGCGCCCGCCUCUUUGCCUGAAUCUGCCUCCCCCUCUGAGGCUCGAGCGAGCCUCCUUCACUGGCAGCCGGGGUCGGCUUCGCUCCCUGCCCAGCCUAGGGGGCUGCUUCUUGCAACGGCAUGGCCAGUGAGAGACGAGAUAGCAAGGCGGCGGCAUUUUUCUGCCUGGCCUGGGCACUCUGCUUGGCUCUCCCGGGCUUCCCGCAGCAUGUAGGUGGCCGAGAAGACAGAGCGGACUGGACUCAGGAGAAGUAUUCCCAUCGCCCAACCAUUUUAAAUGCAACUAGCAUCCUACAGGUCACCUCACAGACAAAUGUUAAUAGCAUGUGGCAAAAUGACCUUCAUCCAAUCCUGAUUGAGAGAUAUCCAGGAUCACCUGGGAGCUAUGCUGUGCGGCAGCAUAUCAAGCAUCGCCUACAAGGAUUGCAAGCUGGCUGGCUGGUUGAAGAAGACACAUUUCAGAGUCAUACUCCUUAUGGAUACCGCACUUUUUCAAAUAUAAUCAGUACUCUCAAUCCCCUUGCCAAACGCCAUUUGGUGGUUGCUUGCCAUUAUGACUCAAAAUAUUUUCCACCGCAGCUGGAUGGUAAAGUGUUUGUUGGAGCCACUGACUCAGCUGUACCUUGUGCAAUGAUGCUAGAAUUGGCAAGGUCCUUGGACAGACAGCUUUCUUUUCUGAAGCAAAGCAGUUUGCCACCCAAGGCAGAUCUUUCUCUGAAGCUUAUUUUCUUUGAUGGUGAAGAAGCUUUUGUGCGAUGGUCCCCUUCUGAUUCCUUGUAUGGCUCUAGAUCUUUGGCCCAGAAAAUGGCAUCUACUCCUCAUCCACCAGGUGUCAGGAACACAAAUCAAAUUCAAGGCAUUGAUCUUUUUGUGUUGCUGGAUUUAAUUGGUGCACGAAACCCUGUUUUUCCUGUUUACUUUUUGAAUACAGCUCGAUGGUUUGGGAGACUUGAAGCCAUUGAACGAAACCUUCAUGAUUUGCAUUUGCUAAAUAAUUAUUAUUCUGAGAGGCAGUACUUCCGGAGUAAUUUACGUCGACAUCCAGUUGAGGAUGACCAUAUUCCAUUUUUGAGAAGAGGUGUCCCAAUCCUACACUUGAUACCUUCACCUUUCCCUAGAGUAUGGCAUACUAUGGAGGACAACGAAGAGAAUCUUGACAAGCCAACUAUUGACAACCUCAGCAAAAUUCUGCAAGUUUUUGUGCUGGAAUAUCUCAACUUGGGAUAACUGUUACCCUUAAAUUGAUAUUUUGCUCUAAACACCUAGCUCUGUUUAGGAUUCUUCCAAGAAUAGGCCUUUACUGUAGAUACAGCAAUCAGAUCUCCUACUUUACGCCUUGACCAUGACAAAAACUGAAAGAUUGUCCAUCUAGAUUUUAUAAUGUUAGUGAAAUUUUAAAAUUUAUUCCUAAGCAACAAAUACCUGGCAGUGUCAAAGUUAAUUGUUAUUAUGAGAAGCUGGAUGUAAAAAAAAAAUCAAAAUAUCAUUUUUAAUUUAAUUGACUUUUUAAUUUAACAAUGAAUGGGAAGUGUUUAUAUAUCUUAGAUGUUAACUUCUUUCUAUUAAUAUUUAAUAUAAAUGUUUAAUAACUUGACAAAAGUGAUGUUAAAAAGAACAAUGAAGCAUCUCAGGGUGAGAAUCUGAGCAACUUUGACCUGCCAAUUCACACAAGUGCAAAAACAACAACAACACCUGUAUGUGGCUAGUUUAUUGCACUGCUGUUUGAAUGAUUCCCAAAUAUGAUUUAAGGUGCCAAUGUUGUAGUCUUCUAUAGCUGUGAGUGCCAAUAAAAAAAUGGAGUGACUGCCUGGACUACAAUUCUGAACCAGGUGUGUAAAUCA